GGCAGGCGCGUCAGGGUUGCAGGAGAGUGAUUGGAGCGGUACCGUCAGGCUGCGGGAAGAGCGGGAGGCGGGCUUUGGGCGCCGCCGGACUGAAGAGAGCAGCCCCUUCCCUCUACCGGCCGCGGGCUUGCGGACCGCUCUGGUAGCUCCUGACUCAAAGCUUUCCAUCAGCAGCACUGAAUGAAAAUUCUACAACUUCCUAGAGCUCACUAACGUGGCCAGCAGUAUGGAUUUUAUGAUGAAACAAGCCUUAGGGGGGGCCACAAAGGAUAUGGGUAAAAUGUUGGGAGGAGAAGAGGAAAAAGACCCCGAUGCCCAGAAGAAGGAAGAAGAGCGACAAGAAGCCUUGCGCCAGCAAGAGGAAGAGCGCAAGGCAAAGCAUGCCCGCAUGGAGGCUGAACGGGAAAAGGUUCGGCAGCAAAUCCGUGAUAAGUACGGUCUGAAGAAGAAAGAGGAAAAAGAGGCAGAAGAGAAGGCGGCACUGGAGCAGCCCUGUGAGGGGAGCCUGACACGACCCAAGAAAGCCAUCCCAGCAGGCUGUGGGGAUGAUGAAGAUGAGGAUGAGGAGAGCAUUCUGGAUACGGUGCUCAAGUAUCUGCCAGGUCCAUUGCAGGACAUGUUCAAGAAGUAGCUGCCAUACCAGCCCAAGUCCCACCCAGAGUUUCCUGGUGUUGCCAACUCAACACUUGGUUCAGGCUUUUGGGUGGUGAAGGGACUUUCUUUUGGGGUUUCAUGGGGCAUUUUCCUUUCCAGUUUUUGUUUCAAGGGGAGACUUCUC